AUGUCCGCCUCUACACCCAUUCGAAUCGCAGGUGCUACUGCUGCCGUAGCUCUGACCGGUUUCCUAGGUUAUGCAGUCUACUUUGAUUAUAUGAGAAGACAUUCUCCCGAGUUCAGAAAAGGAUUGAAGAAACAACAUAAGAAAUUGGCGGUAGCUGCUGAAGCUCAAUCUAAAGCUGAGAAAGAGAGGAAUUCAAAGUUACUCCGACAAGCACUUGUCGAGAUCCAAUUAGAAGCCUUACCAAGUUCACCAGAACAACAGGAAGCUUACUUCCAAGAACAAGUUGCAGAAGGUGAAAAGACAGCUACGAUGGGACCCGAAUAUCACGUCAAAUCAGCUUCUCACUUCUAUAGAGCUUUGAGAGUUUAUCCUCAACCUUUGGAACUUUUAGGAAUCUACCAAAGAGUCGUCCCUCCGCCCGUUUGGGCUCUACUCAUCGAACUCACCUCACUGUCCGGUGCAUCAGCCGCAUCUUCGUCAGGUCCAGCAUCAACCGCUAUUCCCCCUCCUCCUCAAGCUUCCGUAGCUGACAUCGACGAUGCGUCGCCUGUAGUCGGAGAGGCACCAAGCCCAACUAGUGCCAGUGCAAGUCAAGGGAGUGGAACGGAUUGGGAGAAAGUGAGCGAGGAGGCGGCUUAA